AUGAAGACUGUCUUCAGAGAGCACCUAUAUCGAGUCCAUCAGCAGAAACCCAACUGCCCACGUUGUCGAAGCACCUUUCCCACCCAGGACGAGGUUAAUAUCCACAUCAAGUCAAAGAGCCCCUGCGAGUUGUCGCCAGACAUAAUCAUCAGGGGUUUCGAUGUUGCGCAAAGGGAGAAGCUGCGAUGCAAAAAGCGAAGCUGGGGAAAAUCGGGGCAGGAGAAAUGGGAAGACAUCUUCCGGAUUCUCUUCCCGGACUGCAAAGAGAUACCAGACCCAUACUACAACCACAACUUCGACGGCGUGGCUCCAGAUCCAACCACGGCAGGCAAGAAACGCCCGCUUGACAUUGAGAGCGUGUUCACAGACGGGCUUGCGCAAGAGCUGGAGGAAGAGGUAUGUAGACAGCUUGAAGGGGUAAUAGGAUCGCAGCUGGACGCACGGAAACGGAAAAAGGUGAUGCAAGUGGUCGAAACUUUGGUUAUCAAGGUACUCCAACAGCCUCUGGUAGCGAAAGAUACGAAAUCCGGCGAGGUACUGGUCGAAACGCCCGAGGAUGAGCGAAGCUACAACGAGCAGCAGACUACCGAAUCUAACGCGAGGUCAACUUCAAGCGAUUCUUCGCCGCCGACUCAAGCAUUGCGUCCGGCGGCUGCCCCUGAGGUAGGAGUCGACUCUCACGACCUCCAAUCACGAGCUAUCUCAGGUGAGGCGUUCAUCAGCACCCCUGAAGAUGAGGGCAACGCCUGGCUUCCCGCAGAGUUUUAUGACUUCGAUUUUGACGAUGAGUCGAGUUUGCAAAGAUGGCCUGGUUGGAACAGUGCUUUUGUUGAGGGGAAUGGUUACGAGUGGGCUGCUGUGGGUGCCACUGCGUUUCGAGUGCCAUACUGGAACCAGACUUUGGACUACACACCGGCUCAGGGAGAUGGAAACUUGUCAUAA